AUUUAUCCGCCAGAAGCAACUAUUGUGUAAAAAGUGGGUCGAGAGUGAACUUGAUGCACUCGAGUACGAUAAAUUAUUAGAACUGUUUAUACUCGAAGAUAUAAAGAAGUGCAUGCCUGUAAAGGUUCGCUCUCACAUUGACGAGCGUGGUCUGCGCACAUUAGCCGAGGUCGGUAGUGCCGCCGAUCAUUUCGCUCUCACUAAUCCUAAUUACUAUUGCAGAUCUAAUGAACCUUCAUUCCCGUCAAACCAGCAUAAUAGUAAGAGGAUGGAGUAUAGUACCAGGAGGACUGACCUGCCAGAUACCCAUAGGACUGUAAAUGCAAAGUCAGAAACAGGUGGUGAGAGUAGGAAUAUUGCCUCUCGCGGAUUUAUUAGUGCUGAUGAAUCGUGCACGUCUUCUUCCCCAGUCACUAUACUACGGGACUCGGCUGCAGAUAUAUCAUUGGUGCUCAAAGAGGCUGUUCCUAACCCUGAUUGUUACACUGGAGAGAUGGUAAUUAUCAAUGGAUUGAUAGGGUCCAAGAGCAUACCCAUUUGUGAAGUUUACCUCAAAUCUGAUUUAAUAUCCGGUUAUGUAAGGUUAGGUGUUGUUGAUAGGAUACCAAGUGAUGGCAUUUCAUUUCUUAUGGGUAAUGAUCUCGUUGGUGAUAAGGUGUGGCCUUGCCCUGUGGUUUCACUUUUUCCCGCGAAAGAAAACAACACUGUAGAUUUAGAGAGGGAGUAUCCCGACCUCUUCCCUGCGUGUGCUGUCACCCGGAGUGCAAGUCGUAGAACCUCCCCUCCUAUCGAAGCGCUUACAACCGGUACUACAUUGUCAGAUGAGAGCCCUUGUGAUGUAAUUACUGAAGAAUUUACUCUAGCUGAUUUUUUCGAUUCCUCUGCUAAAGUUUCAAGUAAAUGUACAUCUGAUAAUUCUGAUAUAGUGAAUUUCAAAGGCACUCCAGUUACUAAAGAAAAACUAAUUGAAGAACAAACUAAAGAUCCCGAUUUGAAAGUAUUUUAUGAUAGGCUUACCGAAAUAAGUGAACUUGAAAAUUCCCAUACGUGCUACUAUCUCCAGUCAGGCGUUCUUAUGCGUAAAUAUAAGCCCUAUAAUAUAUCUGCAGACGAUACAAGUAAGACUGUACAUCAGAUUGUAAUUCCCAAGUCCCUUCAGAUUGAUGUUUUGAACAUUGCACAUGACAUUAGUGGUCAUUUGGGAGUCAAGAAAACUUAUUACAAGAUUUUAGCUCAUUUUUAUUGGCCGAAAAUGAAGAGAGAUGUUAGUAGUUAUUGCCAAUCGUGCCAUAUCUGUCAAGUAAAGGGUAAACCAGGAGCUGGCAUCAAACCAUAUCCCUUGCAACCUAUCCCAGUGUUAAGAGAGCCCUUCAGUACAGUGGUUAUUGACUGUCGAACUAGUGAUGUUAAUUAUGUAAUUGAAACCCCUAAGAGACGUAGAAAACAACGUCAUGUACAUGUGAACCUCCUGAAAAAGUACUAUGAACGGGUGAUUUGA